AUGGCUUCUUGGUUACCAAUCCCCAUCGAUUCAGACUUCUCGCUACAGAAUCUACCCUAUGGAGUUUUCAGCACAGACGCUGACCCAACUCGACGCAUUGGCGUUGCGGUGGGAGAUCAUGUGCUCGAUUUGAAAGUGUUAACUCGAGAACAAGUUUUCAAAGACAUCAAAUUUGACGACUCGACUCUCCAAGAAAAGACCCUCAAUGCAUACGCCGGGCUCGGACAACAUGUGCACAGCCAGAUUCGAAAGAAGUUGCAAGAGCUGCUAAGAGACAACACCCUGCUAGGCCACGUAUUGCGCGACAACCACGACCUCCGGCAAAAGUGCCUGGUCUCGAUGCAAAGCGCUAUUAUGCACCUCCCUGUGACCGUUGGCGAUUUCACAGAUUUCUUUGUUGGUCUUCAUCAUGCCAAUAACUGUGCAGGCUUUCUCAAACCUGGAGCAGAUAUCACGCAGGUAUUACCAAGCUUCUGGGACAUUCCUUCCGGCUUUCAUGGGCGUUCAUCCUCAGUCGUGGUCUCUGAUACCCCUAUCCACCGACCAAAAGGUCAAUAUCGUGAAGGUGGGAAGCCAGUGUCCGGCACCUGCCGAGACCUCGAUUUCGAAGUCGAGUUUGGCGUGGUAAUUGGACAACCCAGUCAAAUGGGAGAAGCCGUUCCGGUGGACCAAGCCGAAGGCCAUAUCUUUGGAUUUGUUUUGUUGAACGACUGGUCCGCGCGGGACUUUCAAAAAUGGGAGCCCAGUGCGCCGUUCACCUGCAAGAAUUUUGGCACGUCGAUAUCACCUUGGAUCGUCCCGUUCGAGGCACUGGAGCCUUUUCGGGUCUCCCCAAUCAAGGUGGAUCGUCCGCUUCCUGAUUACUUGAUGCAGAAAGAGACCAAAUCCAUCUUCGAGGUUCCUAUUCGAGCAACACUAGAAGUUGACCAUACUAGGUAUGCAGUGGCGGAAUGCAAUACCAAGUUUAUGGUCUUCUCUUUUGCCCAGAUGAUUGCUCACCACACCCGUGGCGGCUGUCCAUUGCGACCAGGCGACAUUAUGGGCACGGGGACAAUGUCUGGACCUACCAAAUCAGAAGAAGGAUGUUUCCUUGAGCUUUCUCGAUACGGAGAACAGCCCUGUGAAAUGAGCGCAGAAGGGUCGUCUGGAGAACGGAUUCGCCGAACCUAUCUCGAAGACGGCGAUAUAGUCGAAUUUGCCGCACAGAUACGGACAAAAGACGGCCUUGAAAACGUGGGGUUUGGGAUAUGCCGUGGCGAGGUGCUACCGGCCAACUGA